CUUCUUUUAUUAUCCUUCAUUUCGAUUCACAGCUUUCAAGCUCAGCCUUUUCUUUUCUUCAUUAUCACUUUCUCUUCCACAAUUCCCCAUUUCCCCUGAAAGCAUCUGCGAUUCAACGAGACUGAUCAUCGUCAUCGUCAAUUGUUCAACCCUCCCUUUUCGCAUGUUUCAAAGUUCAGUACUAAUUCCCCCUUUUCACAAACUUCCAUUAAAUCUCCUCCUCCAUUUUUACUCCCUCAUACUAUGUCCAGUGACUCAAAUCAUCGAAAGACAUUCCAAUCCAUUCCAAACGAGAAUGAUUUCGACACUUCUUCCAAUCAUAUUCCAUCUGUCCCAUCAAGAGCUCCGCUCAAUUCUAUACCCGACCCGUCCCAGUACCAUUUGCAUCAAUCUCACGACCCAUCUAUAGCUUCUGCUACUAAAAAAUCCGACGGAAUUGUAGAAACCCACCUACUUCUGAAAACUCCAAAGUUUUGUGGUAGAGGUAAACUAACUAUUUCGGAAACCAAUUCAGCUCAAACCACACCAAUCAGAAGCGGGCCUAGAGUUUCCAAUAUCGGUGUUGCAUCUGGGAGUACUCUCACGAGGUUGCCUUCUCAGCUACGUAAUGGCGGAGGAAGAGGAGGCCCUUUCCCUAGGGUUUCUAGGGGGAUUUCUGUCGUCAUUCCCCAACAAAUAUUAGUUGAUGUUCCACAUUUCGAACUUGACGAUGAUCGCUCCUUUUGGAAUGACCGCAAUGUGCAGGUUUUGAUUCGAAUUCGACCAUUAAAUAAUAGCGAACUCAUCUCCCAAGGUCAUGGGAGAUGCCUGAGGCAAGAGAGUGGACAGACGGUGGUUUGGCUAGGGCACCCCGAAACCAGAUUCACAUUUGAUCACGUAGCUUGUGAAAGUAUUUCACAGGAUAACCUUUUCAGAGUUGCUGGACUGCCCAUGGUGGAUAAUUGCAUGUCUGGGUAUAAUAGCUGCAUGUUUGCUUAUGGACAGACAGGUAGUGGAAAGACGUAUACAAUGAUGGGUGAAAUUGAUAAAAUGGAUGGAAAGCUCAGUGAUGAUUGUGGUAUUACUCCUCGCAUUUUUGAGUAUCUAUUCACAAGGAUCACAAAGGAAGAAGAGAGCAGGAAGCAAGAGAGACUGAUAUACAGCUGCAAAUGUUCUUUCCUGGAGAUAUACAAUGAGCAUAUAACAGAUCUUCUCGAACCUUCAUCAACUAAUCUUCUGCUUAGAGAAGACUCAAAGUCAGGUGUAUAUGUUGAAAACCUCACCGAGCACAGUGUCAGAACGGUUAAUGACGUGCUUCAACUUUUGCAACAGGGGGCUGCAAAUAGGAAGAUAGCUGCAACUCAUAUGAACAGCGAGAGCAGCCGGUCACAUAGUGUCUUCACUUGCGUCAUUGAAAGCCGUUGGGAGAAAGACUCUAUGGCCCACCUUAGGUUUGGAAGACUGAAUUUAGUUGACCUAGCAGGUUCUGAGAGGCAGAAGAGCUCAGGGGCAGAAGGAGACCGCUUGAAAGAAGCUGCAAAUAUUAACAAGUCUCUAUCAACUCUCGGACUCGUAAUUAUGUCUCUGGUGGAUGUAGCGCAAGGGAAACACCGACACGUACCUUACCGAGACUCUAGGCUAACAUUUCUUCUUCAGGAUUCUCUUGGUGGAAAUUCCAAAACGACCAUUAUUGCAAAUGUCAGCUCAUCUAUUUGCUCUGCAAAUGAGACCUUGAGCACUUUGAAGUUUGCACAACGUGCCAAGCUUAUCCAGAACAAUGCUAAAAUAAAUGAAGAUGCUUCAACGGGUGUAAUUGCAUUGCAGCUGCAAAUCCAACAAUUAAAGGAUCAGUUGUCAUUCCUGAUGAAGCACCAGCAUACGUCAAUGGAAUUUACAGAUAUCGUUCCAAGACCUGAACAAUCUAGCUUGGGUAACUUUUCUGAAAGUCCCGAGCCAUUCGAGAAAAUUAAUAUCUAUGACGAGAAUAAGAUUCCAAAGGGUAGAAGUAAGAAGAACAAACGCUUCAAAGCUAUCUUGCACGGUGUCCUACGACGAGAGAAAUUGGCUGAGACAGAAGUUAGAAGACUGAAAACAGAAAUUGAACAUUUCAAGUGUUUGGCUCACCAGCUAGAAGAAGAAACUCAGCAUGAUAAAAUGAUUCUCAAAUUCCGUGAGGAAAAGAUAAAUUGCUUGGAAUUACUGAUAGAUGGACUGGUAUCCGAUGAUAAAUUUUACCUGGAUAACAACAAUGCUUUAAGAGAGGAAAAUCUGUUGCUUCAAGCAAAAAUUGAGAGAAAUCCAGAAGUCAUUCGAUUAGGAUCGGAGAAUAUCAGACUGCUCGAGCAAAUUAGACUGUUUCAGGAUUUCUAUGAAAAAGGAGAAAGAGAAACAUUACUUGCUGAAAUAUCAGAGCUGCGCAAUCAGCUUUUGGAAUCAGUUGCCGUCGAAGAAAGCUCUACACACCAUCAGUUAUCUCCAGUGAGCGGAGACCAGGAGCUUGAAGUUGCAAAUGAGUUACAAUGCUGCAAAGAUAUGAAUUCCAAAUUAAUCAGGGAAGUUGAUGAAUUACGGGGGAAACUGAUAAUCAGAAUGAACUCUAAUCAAGAUCCUUUGCACUCAUGUGACAAUGCCCACAAACAACUGAUGGAUGCACAACCUUUGACAGAAGCCUUGAAACUAGAGCAGUUUCAAUUAAUUGAAGAACUAGAAUCAGUCCAGACCAAAAAUCAACAUUUAAUGAAAAUGCUGGACAAUGAAGAAGUUGUACAGAGGAAACUUGAGGACUUUGACAUAAAACUAUCUGGUUCAGGAAAGCAGGAUCCAACUUCGAGUACCGAAGGCAGUGAAGGCACUAGCAUCUUUGAUUUGCAAACGAAAUUGGAAAAACUGUCCAAGGAUCUCAAGCAAGCACAGAUAUUUAACAGAGAAUAUGUAGAAGAUAAUCCAACACUGAUAUCUCAAGAUCAACAAACUGAAUUAGUCCGCGAUGAAGUUGGAAUGGAAACCACAAGAACAACCAUUCAUCUACAAGAAGAGAGAGAUAGACUUCAGUCAGAAUUUCAAGUAAGCUUGUGCUCUAUGGCUGAACAGAAUUUAAUUCUCAAAGACACUGUGGCAGCUAAGGAGAUAGAAAUAAGAGUGCUCUGUGAAGGGUGGGAAAGAGCAACCUUGGAGCUAACAACAUUCCUCAUAAAUGGUUCUAGAUCCCUGGUUGAUGCUUCUCGCGAAAUAAGCAGUAUCUCCUCUUUGUUUCCGAAUACUAAUAACUGGAUUAGUGAACAUGUUGAGAAAGCUGCUAAAAUAUCAGUUGGAAAAGAAGAAACUAUUCUAUUACUGCAAAAGAGUUUGGAAAAUGCACAAAACACUGUGAUGCAAAUGGAACAGAAAUUAUACUCCCUGAAGGGUGCUGCAAUUGCUCUGACUGAAUUUCAGCAGCCAGAAGAUAUCCAGUUAUCCAGAACGACAAAUGACUCAACUGAAGUGAAAGAGUUUCGAGAAGAUAAAGAUAUUUCCAAAAAGGAUCAGAUUACUGACAAUCAAGGUAAAACUCCUAUGUUGGUGGAAAAUAGGACAUCUAAUAGUCCCACAAGCGGUCUUAGAUUCACUGUUGCUGGAAAUCUGCCAUUACUCCACACCAAUGCUUUUGCAACUACAGAUGGAGAGAACGAAGUAAUACAUGAUGAGAUCCAAUUUAGCUUGAGAGAAAACACUAACACAUUGUCUUUGGUUGAAGAAUGUUUUCUUGCAACUCGGACAGAUGUGGAGCAACUGUUUGCGACUGCACGUGCUGAUGCCAUUCAAGUUGUUGCGGAGUUGCAAGUUUUCUUCUGUAGGUUGAGAUCUCCCUUGGAAGAAUUAAUCUGCAAUGCAAUGCAGAAUGAUAUUAGCAUACUUGUGUUGCAGUGCCAAAUGGGAGAAUACUCGCACAAAUUCAGAAGGCCAAAUGAACUAGUUGCAGACAAUCUUGAACAAAGUUAUGAAAGUCAAGAUGUUAACUCAGCUCUUCAGCCUGUGAAACUGAAAGAAUAUCAGAUUGCAUGUGUUCCAAGGAAAGAAAUUCAAGAGUUGGACCCGGUGGAUGGUGACACUGUGGAUAAGAACUCUGAACUCAAGAGAGAGCUAGAACGGAAAGAUGUUCUAUUGAAAGGUUUACUUUUUGAUUUCAGCUUGCUCCAAGAAUUUGCUUCCCACAGGAAGGACAUUAAGGAUGAACUUGAUAAGUUAAUUGUUGCUAUGAACAAAGUUCAGCAUGAACUGCAGGUCAAAAGAACUCAACAUGAUGAUACACUCAUUCAGAACAAGAAACUUGAAGGCCGCUUGUUUGAAGCUGAGCAAGCCUUAUCCAACUCAAACUCUGAAUUAAACCAGACAAGAGGAGCAUUACAUAUUUUGUCAGAGCAAAAUGUUGAGUUGAAAGAUCUUCUGAAAGAUCUCUAUCUGAAAAACUCAUACGCGGAGCAGCUAAUAGAAGAUCAAAGAGAAGUUAUCAAAAGUCUAGAUAGAGAAGUUAUUCGUGAUGAUUCAUCACCAGAUAAACGACUAUUUCAUUCGGUGGAAGAUACUGAGGUUGCCUUAGCAGAGUCCACUUCAGAGAGAGAUGAACUUGUCGAAAAGCUCACCUCUUUGCAAUACAAUCUUGAUAUGGUUUCUGCUUUAGCAGACGAGAACCAAGCUAUUGCUGCCGAAGCCCGUCAGGAGUCAGAGACCAGGAAACUGUAUGCUGAGCAAAAGGAAGAGGAGGUCAAGAUUUUGGAACAUUCUGUUGAGGAGCUUGAGAGCACCAUAAACGUACUGGAGAAGAAAGUGAAUGAAAUGGAAGAGGAGGUAGAAAAACAAAGGUUGAUAAGGGAUUCAUUGGAAGUGGAACUUCAAGCACUUAGACACAGAUUAUUAACUGUUGAGGACCUUACUGAAAGUAUGGCUUCUGAGACCUCAAGUACAUCACUACUUGAAGAUCAUUUUUCCAGGAAAUCCCAUGCCAGAAUCCUGGAAAUUAAUGAGGCUGGCAGCCGAAUAAGAUUUCUUGAAGAGGAGAACAAGAGACAAGCUAAGGAGAUCAGACAAUUCAAAGAUUAUAUUUCUGAACUUGUUUUGCAUGCUGAAGCACAGGCAUCCCAGUAUCAACAUAAGUACAAGACCCUGGAAGCAAUGCUUCACGAAGUUAAACCAGAUCUAUCAAAUGUAUCUGCCACAUCAACCGUAGAAAAAGUUGAUAAAAUCUCAGCAAGGACAAGAGGUUCGAGUUCACCAUUUAGAUGCAUCUCUGGACUGGUCCAGCAUAUGAAUCAAGAGAAAGAUCAGGAAUUAGCAAGUGCUAGACUUCAUAUAGAAGAGCUAGAGGCACUGGCAGCCAGUAGGUAUAAAGAGGUGUGUAUGCUGAAUACUCGGCUGGCCAAUACUGAAAGUAUGACACACGAUGUCAUUCGUGAUUUACUCAGUGUCAAAUUGGAUAUCACAAAUUAUGCUAAUAUAGUCGACCAACAUCAACUUCAAAAGUUAAUUGAGGAGGCUCAACAUUAUAGACAAGAAUUUGUUGCAAUGGAGCAAGAACUUAGCUACCUGAGGAGUCAGAUUGAUGAUUUACUGGAAGAAAGAGAUAGAUAUAUUUCAGAAAUCAAAAGAAACAAAGCAGAUCAACUCGGUACACAGAUUGUUGUGGAACAAUUACGAGAGCGAGAUCAAUUGUUGAUUGCACAGAAUGAUAUGCUGAAGAUGGACAAAUCAAAUCUACAGAAGAGGGUUGCGGAACUAGAUGGCAUGGUAAAAAGGCUAUUCAGCAUGAAGGAGGCCCAACGACGUAACCAACCACAAACGGGUAGUAGCUCAGUGAGGCCAUUUGAUUACGAUCUUGGGGAGCGGUUGGUCCACUCACAAAAGGCGCUUUCAAGAAUUAAUAAUCAACUUGCUCAGUAUCGUAGGCCUGAUGGCACCUACCCUGAUGAGAACAAAGUUAAAAGGUGAUUUCAGGAAACAGAAGCCCUAAUCAAAACCAUUUGUGAUGGUUAGGAAAUUCUCUUCCAGUAAAAGUCAGGAAACUCUCUGAUGGAUGGCAAUAAUCACUAGGUAUGAUGUUAAGUGUUAGUAGAUUCAUUCAUUGAUUGAAAAUGAAUGUGGUUUUUCUUGAUUUAUUUUACGUUUUGGAACGUGCUAAAAUAAUGUGUUUAUAAGUUUCUUAUUCUGCUGUAUUUGUAUAUUCUGUGCAAGUAUUGUGUAAUAUAUAGUGAGUGGGCUAGAAUUUAAGAUUUUCUCAGCCCUGAAUGAAUCUAUAGAGUCUGCAAAAUUUAUAGCAUGCGGAAUGCUUCCACGAUUUAAU